AUGAUACGAGUCUGUUUGUGUGUGUGUGCAGAUAUUCCGAAAAUUGAAUACAAACCGGAAGCGAAUUUGGAAGACGCCUUGUGUUUUCGGCAUUACGAUGCUUCCAAGAUUGUACUUGGCAAAUCUAUGGAAGAAUGGCUUCGAUUUUCUGUUGUCUAUUGGCACACUUUUCGAGGAGUCGGAAGUGAUCCAUUUGGUCCAGGAACAAUUUCAAGACCAUGGGACGACGGAACGGAAAGUCUGGACAAUGCAAAGCGUCGCUUGAACGUGGCUUUCCAGUUUUUCCAGAAGCUCGGUAAAACUUUGAAGUACUACGCGUUCCAUGACCGUGACAUUGCGCCCGAAGGAAAAACGCUCGAGGAAACAAACGCGAAUUUGGACACUGUCACUGACCUCGCUUUGGAACUUCAGGGGAAAACCGGGGUCAAGUUGCUUUGGGCGACUUUGAAGUACUACGCGUUCCAUGACCGUGACAUUGCGCCCGAAGGAAAAACGCUCGAGGAAACAAACGCGAAUUUGGACACUGUCACUGACCUCGCUUUGGAACUUCAGGGGAAAACCGGGGUCAAAUACAUGAAUGGAGCGGCCACAAGUCCAGACGUUCACGUUUUUGCACAAGCCGGUGCCCAAGUGAAGAAGGGAUUGGAAAUUGCCAAAAAGCUGGGUGCAGAAAACUUUGUCUUCUGGGGAGGAAGAGAAGGAUAUUUUUCCUUGCUCAACACUGAUUUGAAGAAAGAGCUGGAUCAUUAUGCUGCUUUUCUUCAAAUGGCAGUUGAAUACAAGAAGAAGAUAGGCUUCAGUGGUCAAUUACUGAUUGAACCAAAGCCAAAAGAACCAACAAAGCAUCAAUACGAUUACGACGCAUUAACAGUCAUUGCAUUUCUGCACACUUAUGGACUGGAGAAGGAUUUCAAGUUGAACAUUGAGCCAAAUCACACCACUUUGGCAGGACAUGGCUAUGAGCAUGACAUUGUCCUGAGUUCCAAGUGCGUUUUCUCUCCUCUUUUGCACAAACAUACUGUUUUUAAUUUUUUGAAAACGAAACAAACAUUUGUGUUUCAGGAAAGGUACUCCAGUUUCAAUCAGAGCCUGGGUGAAAAAAUUGCAACUGGAAAAUGCACACUUGAAGAAUGCGAAGCAUUCAUCCAAGAAAAUGGAGUGCCAACAAACACAGCAAGUGGAAGGCAAGAAAAGUGGGAAAAUUUGCUCAACUGCUACCUGUGA